AUGGACAAGAUGACUCCACUCGAGGAGAGUACAGGGUCCUGGUGCAGCUCACAAAGCAACAGCUACGAAUUCCCGUCAAACAGACAGUCAUUGCGUUGGUCCCAGCGCAUGCUCACUGCGGGGUCCACAGCGCGAGAAGAUACAGCGCCGUACGACAGCAGCAUUGCCGAGCGUCCGCAGGAGGCAGGCAAUCGCGAGGAUCCAUGCACGGCGGACCACACCGGUAAUGAAUCACCGAUGCGCUCGCGUCGGCUCAGCCUGAUUUCGGCAAACACUUCCCACGAGGGGUCCGUCGUGCCGGCGAGAUGCAGCCAGGACAACGACUACGCCGCGUACGACAGCGGCACGGCGGCACAGACACUGCGCUCCGACACCUUCACACCGCUCGAGUGGAGCGCCGCGCGGGAGCAAGGGUGCCGUCGGCGGUCGCACCAGGUGUUGCGUGAAGCUGAAACAGAGGUCGAACCGCUAGAAGAUGAUGACGAAGCAGAGAAAGAAGAAGAUGGGGAGGGAGACAACGCAACGCCCAGUAAGCAAUCAGACAGGACGUCAAUACCGAACGACGAGGAUGGGGAUGCACCAGAGGACCUUAUGGUGUCGGUGGCGGUGCACGACGCCAGCGAGGGGCAGUCAGAUGUGGCUCAGGUCCACAUAAGUGAAAAUGCAACGGACCCUGGCAGCGCCACCAUAGAGCGGAUGAGGUAUGACGCGCCCGAAGAUCCACGUAACUAUAUUAUUAAUGUGAUCGUUAAUAGCGCUGUGGGAAGUGUGACCCUUCAAUCAAUCCACGACGCUCUUCAUUGGGAUGAGCAAUUCAAAGAGACAAAUGGAAGUGUCUUGGACUAUUUGCAGGGUUAUCAAUCCAUCUUUGCUGUGUCGCCCGUCGAUGACCGUGUGACGCUGCGUCGUCCACUGCAGACGGCGAAGGGCCGCCGUGUGAUGCGGGGGAAUCGUGGGUGCCACGUCAUCUCUAGCCGAAUUGGCAGCAUGAGUUGCAGCUGUGUGGCGACCUCGUUUGACCUUGAUCUGCUGUCAUCCAUCUACAAGCGACGUGGUUAUAAUAUUGCAAUGGUUUACGGUGUGCUGCACGUCUCCUCCCAUCACACUUUUGAUCUUUUUCUCUUCCGCAAUGGUGUUGUGGUGUGGUGGGGCAUGAAUCGCUGCGACCACUGGCUGGUGGAGGACGAUUUUUUGUCCUCCGAACACUCCUAUGUGAGCGAGGCGGUAAAAGGGCGUCACCCGCAGGAUAUCAUUGAUGAUCUGUUCCCUUUUUGGUGUUCGUAUGAGUUGGAUGAGCGCUACAACUUGAGUACGCCUACUUGCCGUGAUGAAGCGCUUCAGCGAUUUGCCACACAUCUCUGUUUUGAUCAUUACCUCAUCCCCGAUGUUACACCACUCCGCUGGCAAGUAAUGCUAACAGUGUCCCACUCACUCAGUCGCACGGCUGUUGUCGACUUGUAUGACAAUGUGACACAGAGCCUCCACAAACAGGUGCUGGCAAUACCAUCUGAAAUUAAAGGACUUCUUGAUUAUUUUUCCACGCGACGUCAAAUAGCCCAUCUUGAGGGGGCGCUGCACCUCGCACUCAUGGCCACGACGGCGUUGCGCGACACACCGGAGUUUCUGUGGGAAAUGGCGUGGUUGUAUGAUUACCACGAGCUUGCGGAAAGACAAAACUCCUCGGAGCAGCUCCUUUCAUGGUUUAGUGCAAAGAGUGAUGCCUUGUUGCAGCAAUUAGACAACAUAAAGGUACGGCGUUAUUGUCUCUUUAUGCUGGGUUCAGAUGUUUUCUUAAUACUACUUCUGAUUGCAGAUGUCUGUUUCAUGCUCGGGAGUUUUGUAGUGAGGUUGUACUUCCCCAUGGAAGGCGAGGAGGGUGUAUAA